AUGUCUGGGUAUCCUAGCAAUAAUUGGGAGGAUCACCAUUCCGCAGUACGCCGUCAUUGGAAUAGGAGAAAAGAGUUCGUACUACGAGAUUUGGAGGAAGGAGAUCCUGGUUCCGUAUAUGAGGGGUACUAUGAAUGGUUUAUGGUGAACACUAUCAGAUUGAUAUCCAAUCCCGGUAAUUAUGAACCUCAAGGAUACGAGACUUCUUCGAGCCGCGUGAAAUUAUAUGGUGAAGUAUUGAACAACAUUCGCGUGAGUACCGAGAGGUUUAGAGAAAAACGAGAAGAUGAUAAUCUCCUAGACGAAGAACUUGACAAGCAUUUGGACGAUAUCAUCAAUCAAACACAUGCUUGCUUUAACCUUGGCGCAAAUGAUGAGAUGGAGGUGGAUGAUACCCAAAUCUGGUUGAUGAAGAUCCAUUUUUCCCUCACAACCUCCGCCGGUAAAAAGCGAAACCGUGGUCAAGAGAUAAGAUUGGAGGAGGAAGAAAGAGAAGGUCACAAUCCCCUGGACAUCGCAACAACAAACGAGGGUCAACAAAAUGAGGAUCAAGCACAUUCCUCUCGAGGCUCGCGCAUCCAUGUCGAGACUCAUUUUGAAGAAGUUGUGGACCCGAGACUCGGUUUGACAUUGGUGGACCCGAGACUCGGUUUGACAUUGGUGGACUCGAGACUCGGUUUGGUGGACGAUCGCAACCACAACCGGAGUCAAAUUUAUCACCAUGGGGAGUCCCAAUCUCAACCCCAAAUCGAGGCUCGGUUUGGUGGACAGUCGCAACCACAUCAAAGUUCAAUACUCACAUAUCUUAAGAGGAGACGAGGAUCCGACGGGCCCAAACAAAUACACUCCGGAUGCGCACAAUAA